AUGCUGCUGUCCCUGGUGCUCCACAUGCACUCGGUGCGCUGCGUGCUGCCGGCCGCCGUGCUCCUGGGCACGGCGCCCACCUACGUGCUGGCCUGGGGCGCCUGGCGGCUGCUCUCCGCCCUGCUGCCCUCGCGCUUCUACCAGGCGGUGGACGACCGGCUCUACUGCGUCUAUCAGAGCAUGGUGCUCUUCUUCUUCGAGAACUACACCGGGGUGCAGAUAUUGCUAUAUGGAGAUUUGCCAAAAAAUAAAGAAAAUGUAAUAUAUUUAGCAAAUCAUCAAAGCACAGUUGACUGGAUCAUUGCCGACAUCCUGGCUGUCAGGCAGAAUGCUCUCGGCCACGUGCGCUACGUGCUGAAAGAUGGGCUCAAAUGGCUCCCGCUGUAUGGGUGUUAUUUUUCUCAGCAUGGAGGAAUCUAUGUAAAAAGAAGUGCCAAAUUUAAUGAAAAUCAGAUGAGGAAAAAGCUGCAGCGCUACAUCAACGCAGGAACUCCAAUGUAUCUUGUGAUUUUUCCGGAGGGAACAAGAUAUAAUCCAGAACUAACAAAAGUCAUUUCAGCUAGUCAAGCAUUUGCUGCUCAAGAAGGCCUUCCAGUAUUAAAACAUGUGCUGACACCAAGAAUAAAGGCAACUCACGUUGCUUUUGAUUCUAUGAAGGAUUAUUUGGAUGCAGUUUAUGAUGUUACAGUGGCUUUUGAAGGGUCUGUGGAUGAUAAAGGGCAGCGGAAGGAAGCGCCAUCCAUGGCUGAAUUUCUCUGCAAAGAAUGUCCAAAAAUUCAUAUUCACAUCGAUCGUAUAGACAAAAAAAAUAUCCCAGAAGAACAAGUAUCCAUGAAAAGAUGGCUUCAUGAGCGUUUUGAAAUAAAAGAUAAAUUGCUUAUAGAAUUCUAUGAUUCACCGGACCCAGAAAGAAGAAACAAAUUUCCUGGAGAAAGUGUUAAUUCUAAGCUAAGUCUCAAGAAGACCUUACCAUCAUUCUUGAUCUUAAGUGGUUUGACUGCUGGUUUGCUUAUGACUGAGGCUGGAAGGAAACUGUAUGUGAAAACCUGGAUUUAUGGAACCUUGAUUGGCUGCUUGUGGGUUAGUAUUAAAGCAUAA